AUGACGAGCGCUUCCGUGCACGCGUCCGCACACGCGGUCGCGUCGACGAGCGCGCGAACGGUGCGAGUGACGCGACGAUGGAGGACGACGACGCGGAUGACGACGACGCGGGAGAGCGCGCGGGUGACGAUUGCGAACGCGUCGUCGGGCGACGGCGUGGACGGUGUGGGUGACGCCGGCGCGCGCGCGAUCGCCGACGUCGCGGAUGUCGAGAUGCCAAAGUUUGAUUUCUCCGAUGUCGCGGUCCCGGACGUGGGAUUGGAGUCGCUGAGCGACGGAUUGGAUAACCUUCGAGACGCGGCGACGACGAACGGCGUCGACGCGUCGGCGGUGGAGACGGAGGUGAGCGAAUUCGGGAAGGAAAUCGGUGAGGCGUUCGGGAAUGUCAACGUCCCCAAAUUUGAUGUGCCGAAGAUGGACCUUCCGAAGUUUGAUGCCUCCAAGUACAGCGUGCCGAAGGUUGACAUUCCAAAGGUUGACAUUCCAAAGGUGGAGGUUGACUUGAGCGGCUACACGAAGUCACUCAACAGCGCGACGUCUGAGUACACGAAAUCGUUGAAUAGUGCAACGAGCGAGGCAAGCAAGUCUUUCAACGACGCAGCUGGCGCGGCAAGCAAGUCUUUCAACGACGCUGCUGGCACAGCGAGCAAGUCUUUCAACGACGUUGCGGGCACCGUGACUAAGUCUUUGAACGAAGGCAAGGCGGCAAUCGAUGGAUCCAUCAAGGGCGCACAAGAUACCUACAACGCGUUGACGGCUAGUGUGAACUCCACCGUGAGCGACACCGUGACGGGUGCGGUCACGACUGUCAAGGCAAGUCUGCCGGAAGAGUUCGCCAAUCUCGUUGACGCGGCAAAGGAUGACGCCGAUAUUGCGAUCGUACUCGGCGCUGCCGGCUUUGCCGGUGUGUUCGCCGUUGGUGCGACUAUCGAAAAGAUUCGUGGCUUCGCUGGCUCGGAGACACCGCAACAGGUGCUCGAUCAGCUGACAAAGAACAAGAAGGCCUUCAUUAUCGAUACGCGCUCGUUGGAGCUUCGUAAGCGAGAUGGCGUGCCGGACUUGACAGGUAAAGCGCGUGACAAGGGUUCAGCCGUUCCGGUGGAGGAGCUGGACACGCGCACUCGAGCUAACUCUAGGAACCCUCGAGAAGUGGAGCUUAAGAUCGCUGCAGAAAAGGUGAUAAAGUUGACCAAACGUGGGGCUCAGGUUUAUUUCAUGGGUCCGGACGGGGCUGCGCUCGCGAAAACGGUGACCGCUAUGGGUGGGCGCAAAUGUUUCACUGUCUCGGGCGACUUUGCAGCGUGGAGGUCGGCCGGUUUGAAGAUCCGCCGUAGUCCCAAGUACGAGAAGAACGCCGCUGAGGUCAUCGGGGAGGAAACUGCGGAGUUCGCUCGAUCCACUACAAUGACGAUCAAGACGAGCGUCGGUACGACCAGAGCGAAGGUUACCGACACGUACCAGGAGGCAAACGACGCGCAGAGAGCCGUUAUAUUACUCGGCUUCGUCGCUCUGGCGUGUGGUGUGAUUCAGUACGAGAAGUCCCUGCAGUUCGUUGGGUUCAUGGGUGUCUUUGCGUCCGCCGCCGCCAGAGUCACCGGCACCCAGGGACGAUACGAUUUCUUUGACGACGCGGGAGCUUUCGCGGGCUCGGGACUCAAGCUCAUUCAAGGUGCCACCGGUUUUGCCGGUUCUAUCACUUCCGUCAGCGCACGGUUGGUGAAGGCUGCUUCAUCCAAGAAGGAAGCCUCGGACAUGAAGGUUGCGUCGCUCGCGGAAGUCGACUUCUCCAUGCCGGAACCAGAGCAGGCCGAGGAGACGGAGGAAACGGCGGAUGUGGUGGAUGAAACUGUCGCCGUUGAGGAACAGAACGCUGAGGAAUAA